UAUGACGAGCUUGGUCUGUGCCGGUAAGACAGUUAUACCGAAUUCGUCUCUGGCUAUCACUAACAUGCAUCAGCCGCCGCCAAAGGUCUUGGGGCUUCCAUCUCUGCUGCCGAGUUUGCUCGCAGAGAAGCACUGCAGAAGGCACGAUUACCGCUGCGUAUGCCACGACUCUUACUGACUCCUCAUAGCUUCUCAUUGCGGCAUUCCCUCCUUACUUCCUUUGCAACAUGUUCGUCAAACAUGCCUGGCUCACCUUUUACUAUGGUCUGGCACGGACCCGCCUCCAGCGAUACUUUACCCACUUCAUGCAAUUUGUUGCCGCAGGUUUCGGUAUCAGCUCAGUGCUGGUCAUUUUGCUACAAUGUCAACCUCUGAGCCAUGUAUGGACAAAGGACCUUGUCCCUCCAACUGAAGAUGGGGCAAAGUGCAUUAACCUGAUCAAUUUCUUCUAUGCAAACUCCAUCAUCAUGAUUGUCAACGAUACCGUCAUGUAUAUGAUGCCCGUCUUCAUGCUGCAGGAUGUCGAUAUGUUGAGAGGUCAUCGAUGGGGCAUUUAUGCGUUGUUCGGUAUUGGUGGAGUCGUCGUGCUGGCGAGUAUUCUUCGUCUGCUUGCCGUCCAUCAAUUAGCCCAAGGCCACCACUUCUCAGAGAGCUACGCACUCGUCUUCUUAUGGGCGGCCGUGGAGAACCAUGUUGGGAUCUGCGCCGCUUGUGGAGGUGCCAUCAAACAAAAAUCUCUGACCGCCUACGAUAACAUCCGAAGGUCGUAUGGCUCGAUCAGACACAAGUCGUGGCCUACACCCUCCUUGGUAUCACGAAGCCAGAACACCGAGGAUCGCAGCUACUACGAGAGAACAGACAGCUUGCCGACCCCGUCACUGGGUGUUGAUCGCAAAGACGCUGGGAUGCGGACGGAGCUGUAUGAUCUCCAGCCCGUUGAGACACAAAGCGCGGUGUAAUUAUCUUGAUCGCAAAAGCUUUGGGACAGGAUCGGAUUUCGGCUUUCCUCGGGAAUGUACGAUAUGUGAACAUGAUAUAAUGGAAGCGGAGAUAUACCACAAAUGUAAUGAUGUAGACUCCAAAACGUAUUGGAACCAU